ACACUGAUGGGUGUGUGUGUUUAGGUGAGUGGUGAGGCAGCUCUAAAGAAGGCCAGUCUGAAGUCUCUGGGACUCACAGGAGGAAGUGCCAUAGUCAGGUUUUUACUGAAGAAGACCAAAUCGCCAGGCAACGGAGACGAUGACGGCAUGGAGGCGGUUUCCACGGCGACAGAUCCCGUCGCCAAGGAAACCAAGCCCCACCCUUUACCCCCCGUCGGACUGCCUCCUUCACAACCAGAGGGUGCAGCGCUGCCUUCAAUCAAAAAGGAGAGCCCUGACAGGCCGGUUGAGACUGUGGAUGCCCCAGUCCACGUCCCCUCGGCCGCUGGCAGCACACUUCCUGGCAAACAGGAAGCGGAAGUGGUUACAAACUCCCAAAUUGGGGUGCGGCCUAAAAGCAGUCCCUUCGGGGGAGUGAAGAGGGAGGAAGAGGAGGAUGGAGAGAGGGCAGGACCAUCUGGUCAGUGCGCUUUCCAGCCUUCUUCCUCCUCCUCUUCCUCUCCUCCCUCCGCUCCCUUCAUCCCUUUCUCUGGAGGGGGUCAGAGGCUGGGGGGGCCGGGGGUGAGCGGUGUAGGAUCAUCAUCAUCAUCAUCAUCAUCACUACCAUCAAUGGUUGGCGGGCCGCCCAAAGCCAAGAAAUCUAAACCCAACAACGCCAAGCGCCAAGCCAGUGCCAAACAGGAUGACUGGGCCGUGGUAGAGGAGGUUCUGCAGCCGGUGGACAGGGAACCCCUGAUCUACCACAUGGACUCUGGGGCGCAUCGCUACGGCAACGAACAGGACUUGCCAGACGAGUUCUUUGAGGAGGGUACUAGAGGAGGCUCCUCUGAUGACUAAAGCUCUGAGAGAAUCUCAGAUGAAGGAUAAGAUGGACAGAUACCCCCGAGUAGUUCUGAGGGUCCAGUUCCCUGACAGAUGUGUUCUACAGGGAUUCUUCAGACCUCUAGAGACAG